GUGGACCGGAUGUUGUGCGAAUGUCAAAGAUGGCGCUGUUCGUGUCACGCUGAGUUGUUAACAAAUUAUUCGUGUUUAUUUGUUUUACCUGAUGCUGGCGAACUGACUGAACCUUUGUGUUAGUUUAUGAGGCAAACUCAAGUGAGGAGGAAAUGGCUCUGAGUGAGUUUAAUCGCAGCGUUCGACUGUUUUUAACCCGCAUUCACCGAUGUGGCAUCGCUGCGAACCAGACAGCUCGCUGUCUGAGUCAUGCGGCCUGUCAACCGGAGCCCAGCGCGGAUGAAAACGAAGCCGUGAACCCGACCUUUGUCAACAGAAACCCUCGGAACCUGGAGCAGAUGGCUCUGGCUGUGAAGGACCGGGGGUGGAAGACGAAUUGGCCCCACAGGGAAUUUUACCACAGGUUGGUGUUUUCUCGCACCCAGCAUCACGUGACGGCACAGGUGUUCUCCAGCAGCUCUUCUAACCCUGUGCUGACCUGCUCGACCACAGAGUGGGCGCUGAAGAAGGAGCUUGCUUCCACGAGGUGUGUGGCAGCGUGUCAAGCUGUGGGCGAGGUGCUGGCACAGCGAUGUCAACAGGCUGGAAUCACGAGGAUGGUGUACAGGGCCAUUCCAUGGACGUUCCGCAGUGAUGCUGUUCAGAAAUUCAGAGCAGCAAUGAAAGAAGGAGGAAUCACACUCAGUGAACCCAGAAGGAAAUAUGUGGGCACCUAAAUUAAGUUUUCAUCUGUUUUUGUACAAAAGAAAUAGCAUAACCCUUAAUCUCUGCUCUGUUGUGCAUUACAACUAUAUCUGAUAUUAUCAUGGCUAGCACAAGGUUGUUUUUCCUUGCAUAUAAAGUGUUUCUGAACAAA